UCUCCCAAGUAGCUUUGACUACCGUGGAGUCUCCGCGCGCCAUUUCUCUGCGCCUGCGUACUGCGAUCCUGCCCAGCCUAGGCGGCGGGUUUUAGCUCCAGGUUUGUACGGCUGCUGAGCAGACGCGAGCUAGGUUUGCGAGGUCCGAGGAAAUGGCUCCUGGCCAGGUGUUGAAGAGGGCGAUGUGAAAGCGAGAAAGCAGGCCCUUCCCCUCCCAGCUCCGAGCGUGGUUUCCGCGGGUCCCGGGGAACGGCAGAAUUCCCGAUCCGUGGGGUGGGGUCUGUCCGCGCAGGGAUCGGAGCGCCCCCUCCUGGGGACGGUGCUCCGGCCGCGGUCAGCUGUUGACUAGUUGGAGAUUUCCUAAACCCCGGUGGAUCUCAAGCCUUGUGGGGGAGGCACCCUGGUUUGGUACUCUCGAGUCUCCGGUAUUUGCUGGGCUCCUUCUUGAGUGCUCUAUGUCCCUUGCCCUGGGCCAUGGAACCAUUGCAGGGAGCACAGCCGCGCCUCUCUCUGAAGAAGGGGAAGUGACUUCCGGCCUCCAGGCUCUGGCGGUGGAGGACACCGGAGGUCCCUCCGUCUCGGCUAGUAAGGCCGAGGGAGAGGGGGAAGGCAAUCAGGAGGAGGCUGGGCGUGAGGGAUCCAGGGCUGAGGAGGCACUAGAGGCUCCCAGCGCUGCGGGCGACGAGAGUGCCGAGGGGGAAUCGGAAGACUGGUGCGUAGCCUGCAGCGACGAGGAGGUGGAGCUGCCGGCCAAUGGGCAGCCCUGGAUGCCUCCCCCCUCCGAGAUCCAGCGUCUCUAUGAACUGCUGGCUGCCCAAGGGACUCUGGAGCUUCAAGCGGAGAUCCUACCCCGCCGGCCGCCCACUCCUGAGGCCCAGAGUGAAGAGGAGAGGUCAGAUGAGGAGCCCGAGGCCAAAGAGGAGGAGGAGGAAAAGCCGCACAUGCCCACAGAAUUUGACUUUGAUGAUGAGCCAAUGACACCGAAGGACUCACUGAUUGACAGAAGACGUACACCAGGUACCAGAAGCUCAGCCCGGAGCCAGAAACGGGAGGCACGCCUGGAUAAGGUCCUCUCAGACAUGAAGAGACAUAAGAAACUAGAAGAGCAGAUCCUUCGGACUGGGAGAGACCUCUUCAGCCUAGACUCCGAGGGCCCCAGCCCCGGCAGCCCUCCGCUCCGAUCCUCAGGAAACAGUCUCUUUCCCAGGCAGCGGAAGUACUGACCGCUGGUGCUGCUCCGGCCCACAGGUGCAGACUGUUCGUGCUGGGCAUGGCUGGCCUUCCCCAGCCCAGGCUCUGGGAAACUUGUACCAGAGAAAAAAGCCUCAAGCUCCCAGUGCAGUGCCUUGCGGGAGAGCGAGUGUGUGUUCUGUUGAGUGUCUGCUUGCAGCUCUGAGCUGGAUUUGCUGAGUCUAAUAAAGGAUGCGGGAUGAGCUUAGAAACUGCAGGUGAA